UAAUUUUAGGACCUUUCUCUUACGACAAUUUCAGGGUUCAUGGGUCGGCGGAAUAAUGCCAUUGGCUGGUCUGGCAGGCGGUAUCCUCGGUGGGCCGCUGAUUGAAUACCUCGGUAGGAAAAACACCAUCCUGGCAACGGCCACCCCGUUCAUCAUCUCCUGGCUGUUGAUUGCCUGUGCCACCCACGUCGCAAUGGUUUUAGUUGGCCGUGCGCUAUCUGGAUUCUCCGUUGGUGUUGCGUCACUGUCCUUGCCGGUAUAUCUGGGCGAAACCGUGCAGCCAGAGGUGCGAGGUACACUCGGACUGCUUCCAACUGCUUUCGGUAACAUCGGUAUUCUACUGUGCUUCGUUGCUGGAAAGUACAUAGACUGGUCCGGACUGGCAUUCUUGGGUGCGGCUUUGCCUGUGCCGUUCUUGAUUUUGAUGUUCUUCAUUCCGGAAACGCCUCGUUGGUAUGUUUCACGAGGACGCGAUGAUCGAGCCCGCAAGGCCCUGCAGUGGCUCCGAGGCAAGAAAGCGGACGUAGAUCCCGAGCUGAAAGGCAUCAUCAAGUCGCAUCAGGAUGCGGAACGACAUGCGUCCCAAAGCGCCAUGCUUGAUCUUAUGAAGAAGGCGAAUCUGAAACCGCUGCUUAUUUCGCUAGGCUUGAUGUUCUUCCAACAGUUGUCCGGUAUCAACGCCGUUAUUUUCUACACUGUGCAGAUCUUCCAGGACGCUGGCUCAACGAUCGACGAGAACCUGUGUACGAUCAUUGUCGGUGUUGUGAAUUUCAUUGCUACGUUCAUUGCUACAAUGCUCAUUGAUCGGUUAGGCAGAAAGAUGCUGCUCUAUAUUUCCGACGUAGCCAUGAUCAUUACUCUGAUGACGCUAGGUGGCUUCUUCUAUGUGAAGAACAACGGACAAGACGUCUCACAAGUCGGGUGGUUGCCAUUGGCGGCAUUUGUGAUAUACGUCCUUGGAUUCUCAUUAGGAUUUGGCCCCAUCCCAUGGUUGAUGAUGGGUGAAAUUUUGCCUGGCAAAAUCCGUGGCUCUGCCGCAUCAGUAGCGACCGCUUUCAAUUGGUCAUGUACCUUUGUCGUCACAAAGACGUUCUCGGAUAUCAUUCAAUCCAUCGGAACGCACGGUACCUUCUGGAUGUUCGGAUCGAUUUGUGUGGUCGGUCUGGUGUUCGUGAUAGUGUACGUGCCGGAAACGCAAGGUAAAUCCCUCGAGGACAUCGAACGGAAAAUGAUGGGCCGCGUGCGACGAAUGAGCUCGGUGGCCAACAUCAAACCGCUGUCGUUCAAUAUGUAGAGCUUCGUAACCACUCUACAGUGCGAACGUUCGCGAAUUAGUCUUCAAUUGCUAGUAGGAAAAUACCAGUCGUAUGGUGCGUGAGAGUUUAGGGAUAAAAUAGUUAACUCACGAACAGCCAUAUAAAUUACGCUAAAUGUUCUUCAGUGAACCGUGCCUAGAAUGUUCAACUUUAGCAUCCUUGCUCGGGGGGGUUAAAUUGCGAGAUUAUGGUUAGGCAACAAACUAUAGAGAUUCUUUGUGAUAUAUCAAGAGAACGAAAUCUAGACAGUGUCCCUCAUAGAGGAAUGAAAUAUUGAAAAGGAAAAAAAACAUAAAUCAUGCAAUAGUUCAAAACUAAUCAAUGGUAGUCUAGUUGCAGUCGGCUCAGAAAUGCAUCAUAUGUAUUUAUGAUAUGAUUGUUAUAUUGAGUAUAGAAUUGAGAAAGUAUAUUUCAUGUUCUACAUCGGAAUGAUCAGAAUUUCACUUAGACAAAAAUAAAUGAGAUUGAGGGGCAGCUAUAGCGACGGAAGUAGUAGGGUAUCAAUGUACAUAUUUUUCAAUUGUUAGUAAUCAGUUCCUUUUCGAAGAUAAUUUCUUCAUUUUAAACUAUGCAAAACUUGGACGCUAUAGAUCGAUAGGAUAUACCGCUUAUUCAUGACAAAAUUGGAGCCAAAAAUUAGGUUAUGUUUUAUUUAGCGAUGAGCCUCUGAAGAUAAAAAAUCUACGCUCGUUCUCAGAAGUAGUCAAAACUUCAAAAGGAAUCUCAUGAAGAUUGUUUCCGAACUUGACACUUUGUCUAGCUGAGGUAAGAAUUAAUUAAUUUUAAGUUCAUAAAUUAAGCAUAACGAAUAGCAUAAAAAUUAUGUAUGACACAAUGCUUAUUUAAUGUAUAAUAAUUCUUAUAUUGAAUAAAUAAUUUAUAUAAAUAUUUUUUAUUGACUGUA